UAAUACGUCACGGGUCCACGUGUGGGGCGUGGAUUUGUAUUGGUUCCUAUAAGGAGUAUGAGGCUGAUAGGUUAUCUUUGUCUGACGGAGCGUCACAGUUGAAUCGGAACUCUGCUUCAGCGGGGGAAGCCGACUUAUCCGGGCCAUAUCUACGCACUACGAGAAAACAAGCACAGUUCCUGGGCGGACGGAGUAUAUUCUUCUUCCUGUUCAUCGACUUCAAGGGGCGUGGAGUGGCGCGUGGAAGCGCGUCUAUUGAGUGACAUAUUUUUUUUCAGUUCAACCGGAGUAUUUAAUCUUGGCUUUUCUAAACUGGUGACCUACAGCGCCCUCCUCAGCCUCCAACAAACCCAGAGCCGACAGACUACCUCGUUAAGCUUUUUCGUCCUGGCAGUGGAUCAUUAACCAGUUUUUGGUUUGACUGAAAACCAAAACAGCAAAAUUUUAAAAAUAUUUCUGUUAGCUAUUUUUUUUUAAAAUAAAUCACAGUAAGAACACUUGUACAUUUUCUUCUUUUUAAGCUUUAAAGGAAUUGAUUUGUAAAAAUGCAUGCCAGGAUGGAAGCAGCGGACAUUACGGUGGUCGCACUCUAUUUUGUCCUGGUGCUGGCCAUCGGGCUUUUGGCCAUGUGGAAAGCCAAUCGCAGCACUGUGAGUGGCUACUUCCUCGCUGGACGCUCCAUGAACUGGGUAGUGAUAGGGGCGUCCCUCUUCGUCAGCAACAUUGGCAGCGAACACUUCAUAGGUCUGGCUGGGUCGGGUGCAGCAAGCGGCUUUGCUGUAGGAGCCUGGGAAUUCAAUGCACUCCUCCUUCUGCAGCUGCUCGGCUGGGUGUUUAUCCCCGUCUACAUCUACUCUGGAGUUUACACUAUGCCAGCGUACCUGUCAAAACGUUUCGGUGGGAACAGGCUGAAGGUUUACUUCGCCUGCCUGUCUGUGUUGCUCUAUAUCUUCACCAAGCUCUCUGUGGAUCUGUAUGCUGGUGCUCUCUUUAUUCAGGAGUCCUUGGGGUGGAACCUUUAUCUUUCAAUUCUUCUGCUCAUCAGUAUGACUGCUCUUCUCACCAUCACUGGUGGAUUGGUUGCAGUGCUCUACACAGAUGCUCUUCAGGCAGUGCUGAUGAUUGGUGGUGCCCUGACCUUAACCAUCAUGAGCCUAAUCAAAGUUGGUGGUCUAGAAGGGGUCAGAACUAAGUAUAUGCAAGCCAUUCCUAAUGUCACUGCCAUAAUGGCUGCUGGAAACUACACAUAUUCACCAUCUUGUCGCAUUGAACCAAAGCCAAACUCACUACAGAUACUUCGCGGCCCUCUAGAUGAGGAUAUUCCUUGGCCAGGUUUCAUUCUGGGGCAAACCCCUGCAUCCAUUUGGUACUGGUGUGCAGACCAGGUUAUCGUGCAGAGAGUAUUAGCUGCUAAGAACAUUACUCAUGCUAAGUGCGCAACGCUCAUGGCUGGAUUUCUCAAGAUCCUGCCCAUGUUCGUCAUAGUCAUUCCAGGAAUGAUCUCCCGCAUCUUAUUCACAGAUGAGAUUGCCUGCAUCGGGCCAGAGCACUGCAUGGCUGUGUGCGGUUCCCAGGCUGGGUGCUCGAACAUCGCUUACCCACGCCUGGUGAUGGCGGUGAUGCCGGUGGGACUCAGAGGUCUUAUGAUGGCGGUCAUGAUUGCUGCUUUGAUGAGUGACCUUGACUCAAUUUUCAACAGCGCAAGCACCAUCUUCACCCUGGACAUCUACCAGACUAUCCGGAAGACAGCUUUGCAACGCGAGCUGCUGAUUGUUGGCCGCAUGUUUGUUGUGGUCAUGGUGGUUAUCAGCAUUGCUUGGGUCCCUGCAAUCAUUGAGAUGCAAGGUGGACAGACAUACAUGUACAUCCAGGAAGUUGCUGGCUAUCUCACCCCACCAAUAGCUGCCCUUUUCCUGCUCGGUGUGUUCUGGAAGAGGUGUAACGAGACGGGCGCCUUCUGGGGAGGCAUGACGGGUUUCAUGCUCGGUGCCGUACGGCUGAUCCUCGUCUUCAUUUACCGCCAGCCUCGCUGUGACCAGCCAGACAACAGACCCUUCUUCAUCGUCCACAUUCAUUACAUGUACUUUGCAGCUGGACUCUUCUGGAUUUCAGGGUUGGUUGCUGUGGUGGUCAGUCUUUGUACCUCUGCACCAGAUGAUGAACAGGUGCGCACCACCACAGUCUGGGGGCUCCGCAAGCUGGAAAAAGUUCCCCCGAAGGACAAAGCUGCAAAGUACGGUCUCAAAGAGAAGAACCAAUGCAAUGACAGCGAAGUCUACUAUAAAGACAUUCCUGUAGAUGUCAAAAUGGAGAGGUGUCUAGAUGGAGCUGAGAUCAAGCUUCUGGUCCCGUCCACAGACCAUGAUCCAGCUACUCCCAGCAUGGAAACGUCCCCUGCCUCCACCCCUGCUGAGCAGCCUGCUUUCAACCAGAUGGAUAUGAUCAGACCAGAGCAAGGACAAAAAGGCCCGUGCAUGCGCUUUAUUGACUGCUUCUGUGGGUACAAAGAAGAACCACAUGGCGGUCCGCAGAAAGUCUCGCAGGAAGAUGAGCGGGUGAUUGCAAUGUUGCUGUACGAAUCCCCCAGAGUUAAACUCUUUCUCAACCUGGCCCUAUUCAUGGUCUGCUCUGUGGGCAUAUUCAUGUUUGUGUACUUCUCACUCUAGUUGGACCCUGUACAAAACUGUUUAGAUUAUUUCUUUUGAAUAUGUAAGAUAAGUGCAAGAUUUUUUUGGGCUGUUACAGCAGUAAAAAAAUUUUUUUCACUGAUUAUAAAUUUUGUCUGUAAUAUUUACAGUUAUUUUUUAUAGCUCACUAACAGGAAUCUAAGCUUCUUGUUAAUCUUGCAAUUAAAAUGUUGACUGGGGCUUUCAGAGUUGUGCUAUAAGUAAAUCUAAUAUUUGCUUUACUAUAUUAGGUUUUUGUUGCAUUUGAAGAUGACUUGAAAUAUUUAUGACCUCUUUAGAAAGGGUGCAAGAGAAAACAUCAAGAAGAAUUGCUCGGUACUUAAAGAAUAUUGCAAAUGCCAUUUAUUUUUUAAAAUAUAUAUUUUAAUAGUGAUAAUUGAAACUAUUGAUUUUGGCUUACUUAACGUGUUACAUUUAGAACCACUUUAUAGAGUUGGAAUUAAGAAAUGUAUCCAUGUUUUUCUGCUGAUUGCUGUCAGAAAGAGAAGCACAACUUAAAUUAUUUUUCUUUUUCUGUUGUAGUCAAAAAUAGACAUGGUAUAGUUAAUGUAGUCAUCUUUGACCAAAUUUCAGUCAUGUUUGGAGCGUUAUUGCUCUUUAUACACAUUGUGUUUUACACUAUAUUUUAUUUUUAUUUAUUUUUUGUGGCUAUUUUAUUGUAACAUAAAGCACCAGUCAGUUUUAAUUUGAUGUCUUGUUGUGUUUGACAUUAGACAACUAAAGUCUUUUGCAAAUCUUUUAGGGCUCAUUUUGUUCAAAUUGCUUUCACACUAAACUGUUUGUGUGUCUAC